AUGGGGGAUAUAAUAGAAGUAUCAACCUGGCCCAACCACGAGAAUGUGUUUUAUGAAAUAACUAGUAGUGCUUUGACAUUCUAUGUUAAAACAUCUCGGAAAGCUCUUAUAGGUUUAUCACGAAAACCAAGUCGAGUUUGUGAUUAUUGGAUUGUUAUAACCAAUUACCCAUACAGUUAUAUUAAAAAAGGAUCUGACCCUCGGAUUAAAGUUCGCACCCCUGAUAUUCUUAAUCCAGAUACAUAUCAAAAAUUUUGGAUUGCAUGGAAUGGUGGUUUUAUAAGGUUAGGCCGCAUGGAUGAAAAAGAUCCAUUAAUCAUAUGCUGUAAUAAAGUGCCUGGACUAAGAUAUGUCACAUUUGAUGUCUGGUCCAGAAGAGAAACGAGUCCUGUGCAUUGGAAAUUUGAAUUGCCUCCACAGCUGCAUAAGCCACAGUUAAUGCCUUUACUUGGAGGUGAACCUCAUUGGGUCAGAGCUGGUGACCAAUUACCAGAUGGGUCAUUUAUAGGUGGGCAUGAAAAUGAAGUAUUGUAUGUAAUAAGGGCCAUGCAUAUGGGCUCCCUCGCUCCUGGCAAGUUCGUGCCGUCUUUGGGACUGGCCUAUGUGGCAUGGGGUGGGACCGCAAAUGAAAAGAGUGAUUUUGAGGUGUUGUGCGGUUACAAUUGCACUUGGGUGCCGUGCCACGACGACAAGAUACCGUCGAACGCGGUGGUGGGCGGGUACGCGGAGGGCGAGGGCCGCGAGAAACUGUUCGUAGGGCGGGUGGCACACGAGGGCCACCUGAUACCGGGCAAGGUGCAGUCCUCGCACAAGGUGUGCUACGUGCCUUACAACGGGAGGGAGCUGCCGAAGACCCACUACGAGGUCCUGGUAUCGCCCCACGGCUCCGGGCGCGUGGUCAACAAGUUCUUCAUGUACGGAAUAGAGUGCGACACCGGCUCGGAAUCGGAGAACGAGUACUUCGAGCCCGAAGUGCUG